UAGAAACAGCAACAAUUUAAGCAACAUUCAAACGAAGAUAUAUUUUCAUUUUUACACAUCAUUUUUUCUUGAUUUGUUUAGAUUUUAUUAAACCGUUUUGGAAGUUUCCGUAAUUUUACAAUCCACUCACGCGUAGGCUCGAUACAAAAUCUUUAUUGCUUGUCAGGUUCUUGCUUACAAGUACGUGAUUUUAAAUGGUACGCACACUAGUACACCAACCUUCUGUGAUCGGACGGAUCGGACCACCUCGAAUGCCCAUAUAACUCUCCCGUUCUUUCUCGUAUUUCGCAACCCAACAUUUUACAGCUGAUUUACGCAACGGUCCGUUAGGUGCUUCUGUCAGAAAAUUUCAUCAUACAUUCGUGCGUUGUUUCUGGUUUGUUUAUAGCGAAUAGCGGUAAAGAAUUUAUUCCGCCAAGCAAACGGUAUUGCACAAUUUUCUUAUUUGAAUAGAAGUAGAAUCGGUCAGUGACAAAAGGAUUUUCGUUGUAGUUCACAUAAGAAUUAUAUAUUCAUGUUUUCCUAUAGAGUUUUCAAAAAAUUUGUGUGAAAAGUUUAGUGGAAAUGCAACGACGAUUGGUUUGCCGAAUGACAACCGGUCGAAAAUUACUUGUAGCUCUUAUAACUUUUAUCACAGUCAGCGAGCUUGGCUAUUUUCCUCAAGUGGUGAUAAGGGGCUUUUAUUGCGAUGAUCGAUCAAUCCAGCGGCCAUACAGUGGCGAUAGCGUAACAACAUGCAUGAUCAUUCUAAGUGGAUUUGUACCUUUUUUCCUGAUCUGGCUGACAGAGAUACUGUUCUACUUUCCAACCAUGACCGAAACAUCUAAAGUUGAUGCCCCAAGCUCCCGAUAUAAGGGUUCUCUGUAUCAAACGUUUUACUGGUUCCGUAAAUACGGCAGAGGUUUAAUUAUCAAAUUACUAAUCAUCGAUGCAGCGAAGAUCUUCGCCGGUGAACAUAGGCCCCAUUUCAUCGACACCUGCAGACCGGAUGUGGUUUGUGAAGGCAAAGAAUUCAUAUCAUCGUACACGUGUACCAACACCGAUGAUUCCUUGUAUUUCAUAAGGGACGCGAGUAAAUCUUUUCCAUCAGGCCACUCUUCAGUGAGUGUGUUCGAGACAGUUUUCAUGAUCUGGUACUUGCAUAGACGCGUCCCGAAGCUGCCGUCGAUCCUAGCUCUACCUCUGAUUCAGUUAGUAAUUGCCCUGUGGGGAAUAUUUUGUCCCCUUUCUAGAAUCAUGGACAACCGUCAUCACUGGUGGGAUGUGUUGGCGGGAUCACUAGUUGGAUUGGUUGCAGCUGGAAUUACGUGUUUCAUCGAUUGUCGCAAUUUUAACAAAGCCAGACCCACAACACGACAUUCAGCCUACAGAGAUCAUGACAUUAAACUCAUAUCAAAUAACACACCAUAUAAAGAAGACACCAAUCUUAACAGUAUCGUCAAUUGUUCCUAGCAUUACGUCUAACAUGGUUUAUUCCGUCUACCGUAUUAGAACCAUGGUUUUUCACCAUUUUUAAUAAGGCAGAUACCGUGCACCUUGCACGGCUCGCUUUAUAAUCAAUAUUAAGUUAUAAAGCAAAUUGUGUAUUUCAUCAUAGGUUGUAAGUAGCAACAAUUAGAAUUGUUCUUUUGCCUUAUAGAAGAAAAACCUAAAGCAAAUGUGAUAAUAGAUUUUAAACCAACAAAGAUUUGCAUGCAAAAACAAAAAGGUACAAUGCACUCCUCGUGCGGUAUGAAAUUCCAGUUUUUACUAAAAAAAACAUUAGAAUCAUGAAUGGCAUAACACGACCGCGUAAAUGGUGUAAUAUAAAACCCACCGUUAUUAUUCAAUUUCCGUACGCGUAGAAGAUGCACACCGCACAAGCGCAUCCAGCAGUCACAACAAGCUCGUGGUCGAUGUGGAUACAUAUUACCAUUUUUCUCAUAUAGCCGGCUGCAGCUUUUACUACAACACAGGUUAUGCAAUACAUAAUCGCAAAGCAUGGCAGGCCAUGCCGGCGUCUUUGACAAAGAAUCGAUGCCCAAGGAAUCAGGUUGAAACAGACAAAGGCGUGGAUGGUAGUGUAGGCCAGUAUUGGAAGGUGAUUAUCUUGUGUGCGUCUGUACACAUGCUUACUACAGUAAUUAGAUUAUAACAUGAAGAUAGUUUGCAACAUGAAGAUAGAAACCAAUUGUAUUAUAAAUGUAACGAUUUUAAGCCACGAAUUAAACGUUUUAUGAAAAGUA